CAACCACUUCCGCCAUUGUUGUCUAUCCCUAACUAACUCCAUGGACGGCGAGUAGUGGUGUGCAGUGCCAUCUUUCGUGUCUUUCGCGCCAAGGAGAGGGGAAAAUAGCAAGAUUAAGAGAGAAAAGAGGAAGAGAGGCGGGGACAGAGAGGCGUGCGAGGUGCGGCGCAUCUUCGAAGUAGGGCUGUGUGGCAUCGUAUAUUGUACGCUGUGAUCAGCGAUGAUUCUCGCUGCCUUCUUCGUCGGCGUCAAUGCUCUCUCUUUCGCCAUGCUCGCCGAAGACAAGGCCUCGUCCAAGGGCUUGAUUCCAUUUCUGGGUCGAAUUCCAGAGGCCCUUUUGCAUCAGGUCGAGCUGGCAGGAGGUUCGCCUGGGUCCUUCCUGGGCCAGCGCGUGUUCCAACACAAGAUAUCAAAACUUGCCUAUCAGCGGGGUUUCUCCCAGGUGCUCGCCGCACAGAUUGCGGCGAACAUCGCCUGGGGUUACUUCCACGGCCCGUCGUGGGCCCUGCUCGGCGUGGGGCUCGCACCGGUGGUUAUGUUUGCCGCCACAGCCAGGCGCAUGAACACUCUAAAACAUCAGGACAGUACCAGGAACAGGUGGCAUCAGCCAUGGCAACGACCUGUCGACGUGUCCUCGGCGCGUCGACGGCGAAAUACUGCUACUCCCAAACGGGCAACGCCAUACAAGUAGACGUGUUGUGCGUGUGUGUGGAAUAUUGCGAAGAUGUAGAUAGCUUGGUAGCUGUGGAGCGUCGAGGGUAGCGCAGCAUAGAGACGCGACACGUAAAUAUUUUGAUUGUAAGCGACUGUUUUGUGGGAGGAGUUUCGUCGGAGGACGGGAAUGAUAUGCUUCCAAUAGAACGAUACUUCUGAUGAGGGUUGGGAAUUGUUCAAGCAAGUGGCGAUGCCCCGAGGAAAGAGUUCGACAUUCGGUGUGUCUUCCUUUACAAAGUUGGCAUCAACCACGUGAACCUGAAAAAACCGUGUGUGGGUUCGUGAGUUUCUUUCUCGAGGAGGGUCGCUGCACGAACCGGCUGGCCGAUGAAAAUAUCCAGUCUAUUCAAGUGGGUGGCGACUCUCUUGUCUUGCCAUUAUCUCGUCGCUCCGAAUGUAUCAACCCUGCGACCUUGCCUGUCUAGCCGCAUAG